AAUCGCGGCGGGCUUGGGGCCGGGGUGCGCUAUGGGGACGGAGCGGCCUGAGGAGCCGGGGGGCGACGCCGCCACCACAGCCGCCGGCCCGAGGCGCGUCGAGGUCCCCCGGCCCCCAUCCAUCGAGGAGUUCACCAUCGUGAAGCCCAUCAGCCGCGGCGCCUUCGGGAAGGUGUACCUGGGCCGCAAGGCGGGCCGGCUCUAUGCCGUGAAGGUGAUGAAAAAAGCAGACAUGAUCAACAAAAACAUGGUUCACCAGGUCCAGGCAGAGAGGGAUGCACUGGCUCUCAGUAAAAGUCCUUUCAUUGUGCACUUAUACUACUCACUUCAGUCAGCUAAUAACAUCUACUUAGUGAUGGAGUACCUUAUCGGUGGAGAUGUCAAAUCUCUUCUCCAUAUUUAUGGAUAUUUUGAUGAAGAAAUGGCUGUUAAGUAUAUUUCUGAAGCAGCAUUGGCCCUUGACUAUCUUCACAGGCAUGGGAUAAUCCACAGGGAUCUGAAGCCAGACAACAUGCUCAUUUCUAAUCAGGGCCAUAUAAAGUUGACAGACUUUGGGCUUUCCAGAGUUACUCUGAACAGAGAGAUAAAUAUGAUAGAUAUCCUUACUACACCAUCAAUGGCAAAGCCAAAGCAGGACUAUUCGCGUACUCCAGGACAAUUGUUGUCUCUUAUCAGUUCUCUGGGCUUUUAUUCUCCUGUUGGAAUGAAAAUGCCAGCGCACAAUUCAAGUCAAUCAUCUGACAGUUUGCAUGGAGUGGUUUCUCCCUUACCUAUGGUCCAGAAGGAAAAUACCCCUCUUUCAACUAAAUUAUUCAAAACAUAUCUUGAUAAUUCUCAAUUAACACCUGUGAUGCCAGCAAGAAGUUUGACUCCUACUCUGCUUCAGUCAAGAAAGAGGUUUGGUCCUUGCAGUGUUAGUAGUGAGUCACACACACACCUGUCCAGUGUGGAAUCAGAAUGCUGCAGCAGCCCCAGGCAGGAGAAAGAUGUAGAGCACAGUGAAGAUGAACCUAGUUCUGCAACGUGCAAAACAAAUAACAGUGGGUCAGCUCUCCCUUCGAAUGUUGAGUUAACAAAUAGCAAAAGUAUUGAAGUUUUAAAGAAAAAAGAACUUGAGUCUGCUGUUUCUCCCAUUGUCAGAAAUGAUUCUGGCUGUAGGCAGAAGUUGGGAAGUGAACAUUCGAAUAUAACAGAUACAUUUUCUUACUGUGCCUUUCACACCCGGUGUGGUUAUGGGAGUAUUUCUGAAAAGACUUGGGAAGAAAACGUCUGUGUAAAUAAAAGAAAGAUAACUGAUGAAACAGCAGAAACUUCCAAUCCACAACAGUCAUCUUCAAGGCAGAAUGAGCCUUUCAAAGAGGAAGAAAUUUUUGAAAAGCCAGGUGUUAAAAGAGGCUUUGAAUUAGUUGAUACCAGUCCUUGUCAGGAACUUAACUAUGUUAAAAAAAGCAAUGCAGAAUAUAAGCGUGGCUGUCAUAUCUCAGAAUUUUCAGCAAACAAUAGGACAGGUUUGACAACAGAAAUUCAGUCCUUAGUGCUCUGUAAUGAUGGAUGCCCACGUGACACCUGUAAAAGUGAGGAGGAAGUUAAGUGUUCUAUUAGCAACCAGCAAACAGAAAGAUCGCUUACUCCAACUAUAGCCAAGAAUCUUAUGUGUGAUCUGGAUGCAGACUACAGAAAGGAUGAUGAAAAGGAGUACAUGAACUCAAGUUUUUUAGACACUGACGAUGAAAAACCUUUAGGAAUCCUCAGUGCAGAUUCUGAUGUAUUUACCGACGUGUCUGUUACAGAAAGCCAUUUAGAAAAGCAGCUUUUAGAUUUGGACAAAAGUGUUAAAGACCUCUCCUUUGAGGAGCCAAAACCUGAAGGUGCGCUGAUAACAUCACCAAAGUCCCAAGAUGCCUCACGAAGUGGAGAGGAAGCACAUACAGUCCAGGACUGCAAGCUGUUACAUCAUGAGAAGGAUAAUGACCAGAAACAAAGGGAAGGAGCUUACCUUAACACAGUAUCUCCUCCUUCAGAAAAGAUGAUGGAAGCACUGAGUCUCUUAAAAAAAAGUGCUGUUGUUUUUCGAAGUUAUAAUAGUCCAAUUAAUAUGUCCAAUGUAUCUGAGCCGUGUAGCAUGGCUUCUUUAGAUAUAAUGGAUCUUUCACCUGCUUGUAGUGGCUCUUACCCAACGGCUAUCACUCCGUCACAGAAAGGAAGGCCAUAUCAGACCUAUCAGACACCUCGUCAGGGGGAUGCUGGCACACCAUAUCGGACUCCGAAGAGUGUCAGAAGAGGAGCUGCCCCAGUAGAAGGUGAACGCAUCCUAGGGACCCCAGACUACCUGGCACCGGAGCUGCUUUUGACAAAGCCUCAUGGGACUGUGAUCUCUGGUUCUGCUGUAGACUGGUGGGCCCUCGGAGUUUGUCUGUUUGAGUUUCUAACUGGAAUUCCACCUUUUAAUGAUGAAACACCAGCACAGGUUUUCCAAAAUAUUUUGAAAAGAGAUAUUCCCUGGCCUGAGGGUGAAGAAAAGCUGUCUGAUAAUGCCCAAAAUGCAAUAGAUAUUCUUCUAACAAUUGACACUACUAAAAGAGCUGGACUGAAAGAGCUGAAACAUCACCCCCUCUUUCACAGUGUGGACUGGGAUAAUCUGCAGAAUCAAACCAUGCCGUUUAUACCUCAGCCGGAUGAUGAAACUGAUACCUCUUACUUUGAAGCAAGGAAUAAUGCUCAGCACCUGACUGUGUCUGGAUUUAGCUUGUAGCAUCAAGAUAAGUGAACAUUCUCCAUGGUUUUGCACACUUACAGGUUAUCUGGUAACACUAGCUUGGUCUUAACUAAGUUUCCUUGCCAAAUUUAGUGUGUUUUACAUGACCAGUCUUUUUAUUAUAGUCUCCUUUAUUCUGAAGUGAAACUAUUGUAUGUAACUGGUAUCAAGUGCCUUUUGUGGGCUCACUGCACCUUACUAAGAAGCCAGAACAUUGAAUGUCUUGGAGCUGGUAACUCUUGACAAUGAUGGGGCUUUUGCAUAGCAAUGAGUAAUUCUAGUUAGGAGGUGUGAUGUUAUUUCCCAGCUAAACAUAAUAUGGAAAGGACAAAAAUGCAUACUAACUGUAUCUAUUGGCAGUUUGCUGUGAUGACAGGCUGGGUUGGAAGCAUUCCUUUAACUCUGUUAAAUAAAUUCUCUGCUCAAAUUGUUGCAUUGUAACCACUUGGGCUGUACGAAGCUGGACUCAACAUACAUUUUAGCAGUUACUAGUUUUACCUAGAAAACGCCCAGUGUGUGUGUGUGCUCACUGGUGUCAGAUGUCAGCUAACAGGUGAUUUUGGUUUUUAACAAGUGAAGCAGUAUUCAUACUGAAGCUGCUAUAUACUGAAGACUCUUAUGUACUGCAAACUCACAGAUUGUUCUGCAAACUCACAACGAGAGCUUAGAUUUUUACUAGAACGGAAGAUAGAAGUGUAUAUUCAGUAUUAUAAAUCUGAAUUAGAUUAAAGUAUACUUAUCCCUAUCUUUAAAUGCAACACAAAACUUGUAUCUGCUAGGUUUCAGAGGUUUAUUUUUAGAUAAUGCUGUUUAAAUAAUCUUCAGUAUUUUUGUUGCAUAGGUAUCUUUCUCUGCUAACUGAAUGAAGAUUUUAAUUUUUCAGGUUUGUACUUGUUAGAUAAAGAUCACUGGCGCUAAAUAAUGAUGCUAGCCAAGGGCCAUGUGCCAGCUGAGCAUUUUACUACUGAUUUUUGCCAAGUGGCAAAAGUAGUUUCAUGCACUGACCCCUUUUGUAGCAGUAGCAAGUUGUCCUUUCAUUACCCUGCUUCCUGGAAGACAGGAUUUAUUGAUGCAAUUCUGAGCAAACAGUGUCUGCUAGGCUUCCUGCUGUCCCCUCAGGUUGCUGGGAAAGGAAUGGGAAAGGUGAAGAAAAUGGAAGUUUCCUAGAAAAACCUAAAGAGAAGCGAUUGUUAAGAGCUCAAAAUGACCAAUCCCAGCUCUAGGUAUGAUAAUUCGAACAUGUUGUAAAACAUGCAGUGAGUCUCACUCCUUUUGCUAUAUAAACUGGGGUAGGAGGGAUACCUUAGGUUAUGCAAUCACUGGUGUUUUAUUUAUAAAUUUAUUCUUCCAUUUCUAGUAAUCUGAUUUAAGAAAGUGAGUCUUACAAGAAUGGACUAUGAUUACAUGUUGAGUAAAUAAUAUAAACUGAACACCACACCAGCUCUUUAUCUUCAGUGCUUUACAAAUGGUUACACCUGUUCCCAUUUUGCAGUAUAACAUGUUCCCAUCAAGGUGGAAAAACUUGUUGCAGUGGUAUGGUCUUUUAAAGAAAACCUCUAACCCCUUGAAACAGUUCUGAAUCAGUCACAAAGGUCAAGUAAGCUUCUGUAAAAACCUUAUUCUAAAAGAAAAUUGUUAAGUUUUCUACCUGUUGAUUAAUGCAAUACAAAAAACAUAGAUUCUGUAAGAACAGUAAACAGACCAACAGACAAAUCCAAAUAUUUAGUAUAAAGUUACCACUACAGUGGUGUCCAAAGCUUAAAUUCUGCACCAUCAGCACUGAAGAUGUGCAAUACCCCAUUCUCUUCAGUAUCUUGCAUUUAUCUUGGUCAUAGCAAACAUGGAGUUGAGUGUAACAUGUUGAUUGUUGGGGUUUGUGGUGUGGUUUUGUUGGUGGUUGGUGGUUUUUUAGCUUUGUUGUUCAACAUGGAAUUCCUUGUCAACUCUUAACUCUUAGUUUUGCCCCACUUGUUGCAUCACUUGAAAUACUACAGGUAAAAGUGCAAAAAGCUAUAAUGUGGUAGCUGGAAGAGAUUAAAGGUUCAUUCUCAUUAGUAAUUAUUUACAAAUAAUUAAGUAAGCUGGCAAAAGUUUCUGAUCCUUAGAAGCUGUGGAACAUAUCACUUUGCAAGUACUCCAGCUGUUACAUGGUGCUUCCUGAAGGCCUAAACUUGAUGUGCAUGACCUACACAUAAACUGUAGCUUCCAGUUUAUCUUGGGAGACAGUUUACCUGCCAUUAGCACAGGCUUGUCCAUCUAAGAACUACUGCAGAGAUCAGUGUCACACUUUGUUAUACAGAAAUAGCAGUCUUGGACAGUUACUCCUACCCCUUACUUGCUGUGGGGCUCCCCUGUACAGUGCAAUGUUCGGGGGCCAAGAUGCUGAAUGCCCUGUGUUAUUGAGUUAGGAGAUUCCAAUUUCAGCAUGAUCUGGUUUACCUAUGGUUACUCUUGCAAUGAAAUGCAUUCUUUUCCUCUCAAAAAAAUUUACUUUGCACGUUUUGUGUAAAUAUAUUAAAAAAAAUGUUGUAUUAAAUAAAAUAUUGUUGUUCUUUAAA